AUUUUACCCCUCCGUCCGUCUCUCACACUGUCUCUCUCCACCCUCUCGCUCUCCGACAAGGCGACGACGGGUAGGCCACCGCCGCCGGCGCCGUCCCACUACGACAACUGCUGAGGCCUUCAUCGCUUUCUUCGCCGGCGACGAGCACCCACCAACUAAGGUCAUGGAAGAGAUGAUAGAUCUAACGGGGGAUGGAGGUGUUCUUAAGACAGUAGUGCGGAAAGCAAAAGAUGAUGCUAUAGCGCCAUCCGAGAGCCUGCCCUUGGUUGAUGUUCAUUACGAAGGUACACUUGCUGAGACUGGUGAAGUUUUCGAUACCACCCAUGAAGAUAACUCUAUUUUCUCAUUUGAAAUUGGACAAGGCGCUGUCAUCAAAGCAUGGGAUAUAGCCUUAAGAACUAUGAAGGUUGGCGAGGUUGCAAAAAUUACAUGCAAAUCAGAAUAUGCAUAUGGAGCUGCAGGCUCACCACCAGAGAUACCUCCUAAUGCAACCCUUAUUUUUGAGGUGGAGCUAGUAGCUUGCAGGCCGAGGAAAGGUUCAAGCUUAGGUAGUGUAUCUGAUGAGAAAGCCAGACUUGAAGAACUUAAGAAGCAACGGGAGCUAGCUGCUGCUACCAAAGAAGAGGAGAAAAAGAAGAGGGAGGAAGCGAAGGCCGCGGCAGCAGCCCGGGUGCAAGCAAAGCUUGAUGCCAAGAAGGGGAAGGGGAAGGGAAAGGGAAAAUAGAUCGUGACGUUGCUGCUGACUAUUGUUGUAACCAAGAAAAUAAUUGUGGGAGCGUCCUCAAACUGCUCCGUCACUUGCUGGUUACUGUGCUUGAUGUUGUAGCGUGGACUAAUGUAUCGAAAAGACCUAAGUAUAAAUAAUGUCUGGUAUCUACGUAGA